AUGGGAACCUCCGCCGAAUCCCAUUCCCCCUCGGAACAAUCACGUCCACCGUCCCCUCUCGACCCGGACUCCUCUACCCCGCCACCCCAAUCCUCAACCACAACGAGCGCCCCCUCCUCUCCCCCCCACCUGCCGCCCCAACAACCAUCUCCCUCCGUUUGGGAUGACAUCUUCAGCGCCUCACCUCUACUCCAAAACUCCCCAGACAACAGCGUUGUCCAACCCUACCGACUGGAUGGCGAGCCCUCCGACCUACCUUUCCUACGCCGCCAGCACGUCACAGCAGGUUACCGCGAUGGCAUCUCCGUCGCGAAGGGUGAGCAUGUCCAGCGAGGUUUUGAUGCAGGGUUCCCUGUCGGUGCGGAAUUGGGCUUGCGCAUUGGGGCCGUGCUGGGGGUUUUGGAGGGCUUGGUGAAGGCGACGGCGACGGCGACAUCCGCUACUCGCCGUGCUGGCCGCGGCGGCAAUCGUGGUGACGACGAAGACAUUCAAGGGAAUGGUAGUCUUCGGGGGCCAUGGGGCGAUAUAGCAGCUUUAUUUGAGAAGGCGAAGAAGGAGUUGACUGUGCAAAAUGUUUUUAGUGCUGCUGUGCCGGACGUUGGUGGGGAAGCAGGGCAGACGGGUAAUGAGGGUGAGCGAGAAUGGGUAGAUCCCUGUGUGAGGCUGGCGAAGGCUGGGGAUGAGGCUAUAGCGAGCCGGAAGGGCGUUUUAUGGCAUUGGAUUUCUUUGGGGAGAGAUGUUGGCGCCAUUGUGGGGGAGGGCUGGAGGGAUACACAGCCUGGCGUCAAUAUCUUCGACCUGCGCAAGGCACACGAAUGGGUGCAUUGUGCAACUCCAGCGGGAGAAACGGUCUUUCAAUCGUUCUCGGGAUCAGCGCAGUGCCCUUUGUACUUUCUUUUCUACGACCUCACCACCACAUCUCUCACUAAUGACGGAGUGUAA